AUGGCUGGGUUCACCAUCACCCACAUCCGGGACACCGUGAUCGACUUCACCCACGCCUUCUACGAGGAGCCGACUACCAUCUUGAUUCCGCCGCCUCGCGAACAGGACAACUUUCUCGCUUUCCUGCAGCCUUUUACGUGGCAGGUGUGGUUGAUUAUCUUGGCGAGUGUGGUUGUUGUAGGGCCUGUUAUGUGGUUUAUGGUGAACUUCUCGGAUCAGCUGCCCAUCCUGUACCCUUACCACAGGCACUCAACCCCUCAGCCUCUCUUUAAUUACAUGUGGGGAUGCGCUUUCUCGCUCACUUCUCAAGGUUCCAGUCUCCGACACACAGAACCAGCACGGUUGUUGCAUGCUAUGUGGUGGUGUUACUGCCUGAUUGUGGUUUACACGUAUACCGGUUCCCUCAUUGCCUUCCUCACGGUGCCCCGCUUGACCAGCCUCAUUAACUCUCUGGAGGAGUUAGCGAACCAACGUGAGGUUCUCUGGACGUACAGAGCGAAGACGGCUCACGACAGUCUUUUCUCAACGGCCCCUCCCGGCAGCGUGUACAACAAGAUCGGUCAGCUGAUCAAGGAGCAACCCGACCUCCUCGUCACCACGGACUCCGAGGGGGUCAAGGCCGUGCUGAAGGGCGACAUGGCCUUCAUCAAGGAAAAAUCUUGGCUGGACUUCCAAAUGGAGCUGGACUACCUGCGGACGGGAGAGUGUCGCCUGGCGCAGGUCAAUCAGCUGUUCUUCAGUGCCGGCUUCGGGUGGGUGCUCGAGGAGGAGUCGGCGUACCUCCCGCUCUUCAAUCUCGAGAUCCUAAGGAUGGCCCAAAGCGGCCUGUUUUCCAUCUGGCGGCAGCAGUACUGGCCCAAACCCAACGAGUGCACGGCCGGAGGGGGCCAGGCGUCGGGGCCCAAACCGCUCAAGAUUAAGAACUUUUUGGGCCACUUCUUCGUGCUGGGCGUGGGGCUGUGCACCGCCAUCGUCGCCUUCGCCUUGGAGCGGGCCUUCCACUCGUACGCGGGCGGCGAGGAGAUGAGGGCCUUCGAAGCCGAGAAAGUCUACUGCCUCCUCGGGAUUUUCUGUCUCACCGUCUUGGAGCUCAAGAAAGUUUCACGAGAGAUUAACGCCAACUUCUUCAUAAAACGCAGGAAGCAGGGACGUGUCAUAUAG